AUUUUACUAUCUGGAGAUGUUGAAUUAAACCCUGGUCCAGUGACAGAUUUUAGCACUUUGUCUCAAGCAACAACAAAUGACAGGUCGAAUUUCUUGCUCAACUAUAGACUUCUUAGGCAUGGUUUAAAUCAAUUGGAUGUAGGUGGAGGAGGGGAUUGUUUCUUUAAAUCAGUAUCAUAUCAGUUAUAUGGUGAUUCACAUCACCACUUGGAAUUAGAUCUGCAGGUAUUCAGUACAUGAGAUAAUCCAGAACGAUUUAUUUAAAGUGUGUUAGAUUCAUCUUGGUCGCAAUAUAUAUCCAACAUGUCUCAGCCAGGAACAUGGGCAGAUCAUAUUAUUAUACAAGCAGUAGCAGAUUCUAUGAAUUUACAGAUUCAUAUCAUUGAAUCUAAUCCAAAUUUUACAGAAAUGACCUUGGUUGAAGCAACAAGUUUGACUCAAAAUCCUAGAUGUAUUUAUAUAGGGCACAUUGAUGAGCUGCAUUAUAUAUCAACCUUCCCAGCUUUAUCUGAAUCAAGUACAAAUCAGGUUAACAGUCAAAAGACAUACCUUAAUUCAAGCAAUAGUACAAAUAAAUGCAAAAGAAAGAGCAAUGAUACUGUG